CCCCCAAGGACCGGCUCCGGACAGCAUCCCUCUCCCCCCAAGGACCGGCUCCGGACAGCAUCCCUCUCCCCCCAAGGACCGGCUCCGGACAGCAUCCUCCCCUCUCGCCCCCGCCCCCGAGUACCGGCUCCUGACCUCAUCCCUCUCCCCCCGGGGACCGGCUGCCGAUAGCAUCCCUUCCCCGCAACCCCCUCUCCCUCAGGUCCGGUGGGCUCCGGGCGCGCCGGCAUCCCGGCCAUGCCGGGCCGGAGCCCCCCGGCCGCCCCCCGGGAGGAAGGGGAGAUCUGCAUCAACGUGGGCGGGCUGAAGCAGAAGUUGCUCCCGCGCACGGUGCUGCGCUUCCCGGAGACGAGGCUGGGCCGCCUGCUCCGCUGCGGCUCCCGCGCCGCCAUCCUGGAGCUCUGCGACGACUACGACGACAGCCAGGGCGAGUACUACUUCGACCGGGAUCCCCGACUCUUCCCCUACGUGCUGCACUUCUACCGCACGGGUAAGCUGCACGUCACCGGCCAGCUCUGCGUCUUCUCCUUCAGCCAGGAGAUCGAGUACUGGGGCAUCGACGAGCUGUCCAUCGACGCCUGCUGCGGCCCCGGCUACCGCGGCAGGAAGACGGAGCCGACGGCCGGGCCGGACCGGUGGGAGGACCGGAGCGAGCGGGAGAGCGCCGCCUCGUCCUUCGACGAGCUCCUGGCCUUCUACCGCGACGCGUCCCGGUUCGACGGCCGGCCGCUGGGCCGCCUGCGGCGGCGGCUCUGGCUGGCCCUGGACAACCCCGGCCGCUCCGUCCCCAGCCGGGCCUUCGGCGUCCUGUCCGUCCUGGUGGUGCUGGGCUCCAUCGUCACCAUGUGCCUCAACAGCCUGCCGGACUUCCGGCCGGCCGGCGGCCGGGCCGGCGAGGACCCCCGCUUCGAGGCGGUGGAGCGCUUCGGCAUCGCCUGGUUCACCUUCGAGCUCCUGGCCCGCUUCGCCGUGGCCCCCGACUUCUCCCGCUUCUUCAGGAACGCCCUGAACCUCAUCGACCUCCUGUCCAUCGUCCCCUUCUACGUCACCCUGGCGGUGAACCUGGUGGCCGAGAGCAGCCCGGCCCUGGCCAACCUGGGCCGCGUGGCCCAGGUCCUGAGGCUGAUGAGGAUCUUCCGCAUCCUGAAGCUCGCCCGCCACUCGACGGGCCUCCGCUCGCUGGGGGCCACCCUGAAGUACAGCUACCGGGAGGUGGGCCUCCUCCUGCUCUACCUCUCCGUGGGCAUCUCCAUCUUCUCCGUGGUGGCCUACACCGUCGAGAGAGAGGACGACGAGGGGCUGGCCACCAUCCCGGCCUGCUGGUGGUGGGCCACCGUGAGCAUGACCACCGUCGGCUACGGCGACGUCGUGCCGGGGACCGCCGCCGGGAAGCUGACCGCGUCCGCCUGCAUCCUGGCCGGCAUCCUCGUCGUCGUGCUUCCCAUCACGCUCAUCUUCAACAAGUUCUCCCAUUUCUACCGGCGCCAGAAGCAGCUGGAGAGCGCCAUGCGGAGCUGCCGCUUCGGGGACGGGACCGGGGAGGUGCCGUCCGUCAACCUGCGGGACUAUUACGCCUGCAGAGUCAAGUCCCUCAUGGCGAGCCUGACCGACGUGAGCGGGAGCUCCCCCAGCGAACUGAGUCUCAGCGAUUCCCUGGAUUAGCUGGACGCCACGCGGCCGCCGCCGUCGAGGACGCCCGCUCCUCUCCUCCGGCCCCGAGGGGCUCGCUCUUCGUCGCGCCGGGGAGAGGGCCUCUUGCCGGAACGGUACUCGGAGGGGCGUCCGCGGGGCUCCGGGACCCUCCUCCCCGUUUGGCCGGGGGAGGCUGACCCGGCCGCGCCCUCUCGCCCUCGAGGAACAGACGGAACAAGAUGGGGACGGCCGUCACGCCUCCCGACCCGUCCACCCGACGCCGGUUUGUCUACGCGACCGUCGACGCGACCCCGCAUCCCGGCCGCACUCCGGCGGUUUGCGUUUCCCGCUUUUUUUUCUUUCUCGGUUUCGGGAGCGGUCGUGCGAGGACGCCACGAGGCCGAAUCGGCCCCGACGAAGCAGAUCGGGACGGCGGCAAACGAGACGACCCGAUUCCCCUCCCGCUGCCGGGAUGGCGUCGCCGGGCUCAUCCGUUCCUCGGGUUGUCUUUGAGGCCCAAGACGCGGUGGGCGCAAGAGGAAGCACGCGGCCCCGGUUUACCCGUGGUUCGUUGUCGUUUGUUCCUCUGAGAAAACGCGUGCGUCCCUCUCUCGCUCGCGUGGGGACGCAGAUUCUGCUGGGGUCGAUUAUGCAGGUGGCACAUUUUGGGAAAUGUGAGCCUGCCCCCGCUUAGGGCAAACCGAUACUCGGUCCAGAGACAACUCUUUAGGGAUCGAGGAUUCUUCCCCUGGCAGGCCGAGGCCUUUCCUCGCCCUGCUCGGAGCUGGCAGGGAAGAGUCUGGCGAGGAUGGCUUUUCCCACCGGGGUGCCAUCCAACAGGGCCGGUGACCCCAGGUCAACCCGAACGGGGGGAUCGAUUCUUUAACCGAGGUUCACGUUACCGGCCGAGUCGACCCGAUUUUUGCCGUGUUGUCGGGUGUCGACGGCGUGGCUGUUUCGUUGGUCUUUCGAGGAGGACGGGUCAUUCCCGCCUCUCGCAGCUCAGAGGAGGCCGGCUUUUUUCACUCCCCGCGGACGGAAACGCUCCAGAGUUGAUACGAAAGGAAGGCGGGCCUCCUGCUCUGAACGCUUGCUGAGGUCAGAGCGUUUCUAUUUCUGUAUCUGAAACAUUUUACUGCUGGGAGACCGUGAAUUUUAAAUACCCGGUCAGGAGGGUGUCGGUGUGAAAACCGAGGCUCCCCUGAGAUGGCGGAGGCGAGAGGGAUUCGGCCCCGUUUCUACGCGGACAGAAGUCCCCGGGGGAAAGCGCGGCACCACCUCAAGGAGAUUUGAUUUUCCUAUCGAAAGCAGCCGUAGAUUCCGAAAGGUCUCGACGUUGCCUAGUGCGCCUCCCUUCAGAGCCCGCUUCGGUUUUCCAGAGGCGGAAAAGCAGCUGGGACUGCCUCAGCAAUCAGACACCCUUUCCCUCCCCGGUUUUCCCGUUACUUGAGAGCGGGCUAGCGAGUACAUUGGGAAUUGAAAGUCGGGCCCUUUAAUUCAGCACUGUUCCUCUCGCUUCUGGUCUUAGUCCAUACGGUGUCCAAAUUGUCUUCCAUCGUCUAUCACCUUGGGACGGACUGUAGUAUCUGGUGAGCCGAGCAUGGGGCUGGGAGAUCUCCCAAGUCCUCCCUCCUUGAUUGGACUCGGCCUAGUUACUGGAUCUCUUUUGUGUGUGCGUGCGUGCGUGUGUGCGUCUUCGUUCCCUCGGCUUCUAAAUGAGGGUAAUAACACCGACUACCUCACAGGGCCGUUGUGAGGAUUGAUGUUGUAUCCUAAGUGCUAGGAAGAUGCACAGCACUCUAAAAGGGCUAAGCGUUAUCACGACGACUACAACCGUUGGGUCUCGAUGGAUGAAUGAGCCUCCGUCAUCUGGGUUCACAGCUCUCUGUGGGAAUAGGAGACCCAUUUAAGAGUCCUGGGUGAAAGGCCAGAAACGAAAAACCAAACCAGAACAAAACAGGAAAACGGUAACAACAACAGAAAUGCCGGCGGGACUGGGCCAAAGGACCGAUCCAGAGCCGAAGAGCCGGGGAAUAUCGGGGAAUUUCGUCUCCGCUAGUGACGCUGGAGCUGGACAGCGGCAAAACCGCAGAAGGUUCUGAAAGCAACCCUCUCCACUUGCACAGCCAUUUAGGAGCAGGGAGUGUCAGGGAGGUUUGGGAAGUGAGUCCCAAGGCUGCAGUCCUCCCGGGUCUCGCUACGGACCCCACCGGAAAGAUGACCACCCUGCGGACAGUCCCGAGACCCGAUUCUUCACGUGGAGACGGGGAUGCGCUCUCAUUCUACGUGGAAUUUUCCUAAACAGCAUUCUACCAGAGAAAAUGAGGCUGUCUCUGGGGUUGCCAUUUUUAGACGUGCGAGCUGGAAGCGUUAGCAAUUCAUUAUGGAAACAAUGCGUGUUUAUAUGGUGCCUUUCAUCCAGGAAAAUCCCAAAGUGCUUUAGAUACUGGGUUUGGGGGGGGGGGGGGUUGUUGUUUUUUGUUUUUUUAAAAAAAACUCUCCUACACAGAGACCAGGGUCAAAAAUGAUUCUGCCCGGCACUGAUCUACGGACAACCUCCGAGCACUGCUCAGUGGCAUAAAGUCCUGCAGUUAUUUAUUUCAGAUGAGAAGCGAAGAAUGCCCUCACCUGGCUAACUCCUGGGUUAAUUUCAGUCAGGCAGGCUGGAACGGAUCUAAACCGAUCUGCGGGAAAAACACUCUUCCUCCCGCCCUCAAGGGCACGUCGGGGUCUCGAAGGUUCGCUCGCGGGCCGGCCUCGGCCGACCCAUCGUUGGGUCCGUAAAACGGCAGCCCGGUCUCUUCUGGUCCCCACGUCGCGGCGGUCUUUCUAGCUAAGAAGGAAAAUACCACCUGAGGGAGCGUGAACAACAGGGACUUCCUUUUCAGUGUUGCGAAUGGGUGCUAGGUGGAUGUGAUCUCCUUGACUACUCCGUCUACCAAACUAACCUGAAAUCCUGAUCACGUCUCCUCGUUUUGAGGCAGGAAAAGGGCAAACCGGAACGUGGCCUGGCUCAGAAGGCCGGUGGUCAGCGGUGGGGCGUCUCGGGGGGAGGCCGGCGAGGUCUCCUUUGGGAUGCCCCCCCUCCUUUUCAGGUUCCGGAGGUCGCUUUAACAGCAUCGGAGAAAAUACAAGGACCGUGCUGAGUGCGAGAAAAGAUCGCACACUGUCCCACUGGGAAACAGCAUUACACUGCCCCAAGCAAACUACCUUGCGGACUGUAUUAACGUCGGUUAUAGGACUCUGUUUUCCUUCAAUAAAUCUGUCUUUUGUGGGUUUGCCGGGGGGGG